CUUCCCAGACUGGUUUUCCUUUCCGUUACUACGGUCUCCGAGUUCUCUUGGGGCAGCUUCUUUUGCCCGACUUCGGUAGCUUCGAGCCUUCCCGAGUAAAAGUCGGAACUUCAGUUUCUUUAGACUCCACGUCGUUCCCAUCCGGAUUCGCCCACCCCGGCCCAGGAGCGCCCACGUUGUUUCCGGGUCUCGGCUACAGCCAAAUUGAUGCUGUCCGUAUUUCCGUCCGCAGGGGCUGGACCGGUUUCCCGGGGGGCUCCGAAAUGUUUUCAGGACAAAUUUAGGGCAAAUCCGAAGUAGGACUGAUGGGAAGGGGCUUCCCCGGGGUCCUGCCCCCGGGCUCCGGAGCCCGAGAAGCGGAGUCGGCCCAGAUCCCGAGGGUGCAUGAAGGGGUCGGGGCGCCGCCUCGCCAGCCAAAGGUGAAACGUGUGGCUUCUUCAAAUCCUGUCCAUACUUCUGUUGUGGAAACUGCAUUUUCAAGUACUGCUGCUCUGAUGUGCUGAAGAAGUUUGAUGACAACGACAUUUUGUGCUCUGACAGAUCGAUAGAGUGGGAAGAAAAAGACGAGAAAAUGGGCUUUGAAUCUGACCUUGACCAUAAUCCCCCACCAGGGUUUUUGGGACACUACUCUUUUCCUGAUUCUACCCACCUAUCUACCUUACCUACCUACUGGACUGCUCCUUCUGUCUACUCUGCUGGAUCAUGUUCCACAUCACUCUCUCUAACUUUUCGGGACAUUCGUGGGCAUUGGAGCAACUAUCUUUGUGCUCAUUGUGGUCACCAUCAUCUUCUGUUUAACGUGUUCCUGCUGCUGUUUGUACAAGAUGUGCCGAAGGCCCAGACCUGUGGUGACCACCACCAACACGACCACCGUGGUCCACUCUGCAUACCCCCAGCAGCAAGGCGUGCCGCCUGGUUACCCUGGGGCCAUGUACCAGGGCUACCAACCUAUGCCUGUCCAGCCAGGGAUGCCAGUUGCACCUUAUCCAGCCCAGUACCCGCCACCCUACCCUGCCCAGCCAACCGGACCUCCUGCCUACCACGAGGCUCAGCCUGCAGGUGCUGGAGCGCCGUACCCUAUCAGUCAGCCUCCAUACAACCCUGCAUACGUGGAGCCUCCAAAGACUGGCUAUUGAGCUGCUCCUGUGCUCUGCCCCUGAAGUCCCCCCUCUCUUUUCUUCCUCUUCCUGCCUGUCAGUGUGUUUGAGUGUGUGGGAAUGUUUGUGUCUAUGUCGUAUUCUCUUCUCCCAAGUAAAUGCAAGCUGUAUGUUGUACUUGUAACAUUCUGUUUCCCCACAAUAUAUGGGCUGGGACGAGACACAGUAAAAUGACAUUUCCUAAAGAUUUCUUCAGAUCAUUCUGGAAAAUAAGUUGCUGUGAUUUUUGCCAAGUCACAGGAAACAAAGGAAGAGACUUGUGAAAUGAGCAUUAGGGCAGUAUUUGAAGGGCAAUCAUGAGACAGUGUUAAAAGGAAUAGAUGAAGAGAGCCGUGUCAGCACAUGGUUUUCACCAUGUCUUGAGUUGCUGACCUUGACUUGAAGACCAGAAGAGGCACUCCAUCCUUCCUGGUGCUGGUUCCCGAAGGCCUCAUAGAACCCGUGUCCUCCACAGUGUCCUGCUGGUCAGAGGGAGGAGAACAGCAACACUGGACUGAUCUGAAAAAGUUUCUCUGGCACUGGGACCAUGUCAGCUUUAGGGUAUUUCUUUAAAAUUCUCAUCAGCUCUAUACUGGCCAAAAGACAUUUUCAGAUGCUACAGCAUAAUUCACCCUUGCUCCUGGGGGCCUCAGCUCCUUCCAUCUCAGGAUCCCUGCUGGGGCUUCUCCAGCCAGUCUCCAUGUGGAAAGUGAUAUGUUCUGGGAUGGGGGGAGAGUCCGCUUGCAUCAGAGGGUUGUAUUGUUGGGAUGUAAGCAUUAAGCAGAUUUGGCCAACACUUGAUCUAAAUCUUACCCCUUCCUCUGUCAGAGAGGGGAGAAAAUGUGGGUGCUAGGUUUGUCUCAGUUCUAAUUGCUGAGCUGCUUUGUUCCUUGUCAGGAAAGACAUCCAGACUCAGGUUUGUCAACCUUUGUUCUCUCUUACUUUUUAAAACUUUAUCCCCGCAUUAGUAGCUGUUGUGACCUGUGUUUGUUAACCCGAGGCAAGAGAUUUUUGAUGACAUUUAAGCUUCAAGUAGCAUAAGCUCAGGCUUGCCCAUGGUGGGUGGAGUGUAGAAUGGAUAGGGCAGAAAUAGAACAGGGGAGGAUGCUCCAAAGGAGAGGGGCCAACUAAAUUCCCUGCCCCUGCUUUCUAUUCUGUAAUUUGAGGGAAAUGGAUUGAGAUGAUUUUAGGAGUACCUUUAAGCUUGGAAAUCCCAUAACCUAAUUUGAGUACCUUCCUCUUAAGUUAAUUCUAUCCUUCCUUUCCCAAAAGUCAAAAGGAAAGGGGUUAUAGACAAUGGCAUUGAGGGCUGAUUAUGGGUUAACUGGCUCCCAUCUGGAAGGAGAGGGGUUGUCUUUGGUCUCAGGGCACAGGACUUUUCUGGUAUCAUGCUUUGACCAUUCUUGUUCUCUCAUUUGUAACCUAUUACCUCUGUGUGUUCUGUGAAGGGGCUGGCCUGUUCCUGUUUGGGCUGAGCUCCUAUUUAUAAUAAACCAAUGGAUUUGAUUCUUCAGCGA